AGCAGUUCCAGCUCACCCGCUUAGGUCGGAUCCAUUUUCUGCCACUCUUCACUUUCCUCCUUCGGUUUCGUCAGAAGCCACUUCCAACAUCCAACACCCAACACCCAACACCCAACACCCAACACCCAACACCUUUCUAUCGUCCCAAGAUAAGAACAACGGCCCAGAAAUUCUUCACCUCUCUCUCCGGCGUCGUGGUUUUGGUGAUGCUGGAAUAAAAAAACACUGGAGAAAGCGCGUGCAUUUGGUGAAUGAUAAAUGGGGAAUGUGACGGGAACAGUGGCUGCCAAAUUCGCGUUUUUCCCGCCAGAGCCACCAACGUACGAGGUUUACAGAGAGGAGGAUGGGAGGGUGGUGUUGUCGGGUGUCGCCGCCGACAAAAACGUCGACGUUCAUAUUCUUGACACAAAGGGUGGCAACAAGAUCGUUGCCACCUUGUGGAAACACCCUUUUCCCAGGUUCACCUUCUUGUACUCUCAUGGAAAUGCCGCUGACUUGGGUCAGAUGCACGAGCUCUUCAUCGAGCUCAGAGCUCACCUUCGUGUCAAUAUCAUGAGCUAUGACUAUUCAGGGUAUGGAGCAUCUACAGGUAAGCCAUCUGAGUUCAACACUUAUUACGACAUAGAGGCUGUAUAUAAUUGUUUGAAGAGUGAAUAUGGAGUCAAGCAAGAAGAUUUGAUUUUGUAUGGUCAAUCGGUUGGAAGUGGACCCACACUACACUUGGCUUCGAAGUUGCAGAAGUUGAGAGGGGUUGUUCUUCACAGUGCAAUCCUUUCUGGGAUAAGGGUCUUGUACCCUGUCAAGAUGACAUUUUGGUUUGACAUAUUUAAAAAUAUAGACAAAAUUCGGCAUGUCAACUGUCCAGUGUUCGUUAUACAUGGAACAAAUGAUGAUAUUGUUGAUUGGUCUCAUGGAAAGCGAUUAUGGGAACUCUCCAAGGAAAAAUAUGAUCCCUUGUGGGUUAAGGGUGGGGGGCAUUGCAACCUUGAAACAUUCCCGGAAUACAUCAAGUACUUGCGCAAGUUCAUUAAUGCAAUGGAGAAACUCUCAAUCACAAAACAGACAAACAAACAACUCACUCAAAAUCCUAGUAUUACUGAAUCCAGACAUAACAAAUGCUUAAGAUUUGGCAAAAAAUAGCUCCAUCUUUUUAAGGUUUUGGUUUGGAUGUAGGAAAUCAGAAUCAUGGUUUGAUUCAAGGCUGAGCCCGACCACAAUAGUAACCAUGCUACUUUGAUUCAUAGAUUCAUGAUUUGGCAGCUAAUCAAUACAUUAGAAUUAAAGAAUGUCUAAUACCCUAACACCCCUUUUGAUCAAAAUCCUGUUUGAGAUAGCCAUAGCCCAGAAUUCCCAAGUGGUGCUUGCAGUAGUUAAUUAUGAUGUAUUUGAUUUGGAUUUCUGCCAAAAGUUGUCGAGUUUAUGUAUAGACCACAUC